AGCCCCCGUGCAAAGGCUCCGCGCGGCUGCCGGUGCAGGGGGAGAGGAUGGCGCUGCGGGCAGGGGCUGCCUCCCGGCCCUCCGGCGGCAUCCUCAGCCCAGGCGAUGCAGGCACCACCCCCCGCCCCUGGUGAGCCGCAGUGCUCCGGGGGGGCCCCCCGCUAGCCCCAGCCCAGCCCGUGCAUUCCGCUCCGGCGAGGAAGGGAUGGGAGUGAGGGCAGCUGCUCAGCCGCAGCAGGCGAGCCAACGCGGCAGCCGCCCCACUGAAGGAGCAGGGGGCAAAGCCAGUGCGGUUGACUGAGGACACUGGGAGGCUGCCCUCCUCCUCCUCCGCCUGCAUUGCCGGCUCUUGCCUUCGCCCCCAGCCCCUGGAUCCCCCCUGCAAGGCUCAGCCAUGGGGGCGCUGAGCAGCAGGCAGAACGCCGGCGUGGAAGAGGUGGACAUCCCUUCUAAUUCAGUCUACAGAUACCCUCCGAAAUCCGGGAGCUACUUUGCCAGCCAUUUCAUCAUGGGAGGUGAGAAGUUCGACUCCACGCACCCGGAGGGCUACCUCUUUGGAGAGAACAGUGACCUGAACUUCCUGGGAAACCGACCUGUAGUGUUUCCUUACACCGCCCCACCCCCCCAGGAGCCGGUGAAGACACUCAGGAGUUUAAUCAACAUCCGCAAGGACACUCUGCGCCUAGUCAAGUGCACAGAGGAAGUGAAGACCCCUGGCGAGGAAGUCAGCAAAGCCAAGGUCCGCUACAAUGUGGAGUUCACCUUUGACACCGACACGCGAGUGGCCAUCACCAUUUAUUACCAGGCUACCGAAGAAUGCCAGAAUGGAGUAGCCAGCUACCUCCCCAAAGACACCAGCUUGCAGUCCGAGACAGUCCAUUACAAACGAGGGGUGUGCCAGCAGUUCUGCGUCCCCUCCCACACCGUCGAUCCUUCCGAAUGGGCAGAAGAGGAGCUGGGCUUUGACCUGGACCGAGAGGUGUAUCCCAUGGUGGUGCACGCAGUCGUGGACGAGGGAGAUGAGCACCUCGGCCACAGCCACGUACUGCUGGCGACGUUUGAGAAGCAUGCAGAUGGUAGCUUUUGUGUGAAGCCCCUCAAGCAGAAACAAGUGGUGGAUGGAGUGAGCUACCUCCUUCAGGAGAUCUAUGGGAUCGAGAACAAAUACAACACGCAGGACUCCAAGGUGGCUGAAGACGAGGUGAGCGAUAACAGCGCAGAGUGUGUGGUCUGCCUCUCGGAUGUGCGGGAUACUCUGAUUCUACCCUGCCGCCAUCUUUGCCUCUGUAACACUUGUGCAGACACCCUGCGUUACCAAGCCAACAACUGUCCCAUCUGCAGGCUGCCAUUCCGAGCCUUGCUCCAAAUCCGAGCAAUGAGGAAAAAACUUGGCCCUCUCUCUCCAACCAGCUUCAGCCCAAUCAUCGCCUCCCAAACGUCCGACUCUGAGGAGCACUCGUCUUCUGAGAACAUCCCUCCAGGCUAUGAGGUAGUGUCUCUGCUGGAAGCUCUCAACGGGCCCCUCACUCCGUCCCCGGCCGCCCUUCCGCUGCAUGGGCUUGGGGACAGCCACGGGGCAGGGAUGCUGCCAUCGUAUGGCAGUGAUGGCCACCUGCCUCCCAUCAGGACGCUUUCUCCCCUCGACCGCUUGUCAGACUGCAGCAGCCAAGGGCUCAAACUCAAAAAGAGCCUGUCAAAGUCAGUUUCUCAGACUUCCUCGGUCCUGCAUGAAGAAGAUGAUGAGAAGUCCUGCAGCGAAUCAGAAAUCAGGAUUUCCAGGAGGAAGUCUCCUCAUCAGCAUGAGGAGGAAUGUGGUGUGACACCAGAGAGUGAAAACCUCACCUUGUCCUCCUCGGGAGCAAUAGAUCAGUCUUCGUGCACAGGAACCCCUCUCUCCUCCACCAUCUCCUCCCCAGAAGAUCCUGGCAGUAGCAGCCUGGCCCAGUCCAUCAUGUCCAUGGCCUCCUCCCAAAGUCAGCAGUCCCAGAUCAGCACUGACACCAUGUCUUCCAUGUCUGGCUCCUAUGUCGCUCCCGGCACAGAGGAAGAGGGGGACAUGCUCCCAUCCCCUGCUGCUGCCAGUGGGAUUCCUUCAGAAGGAGAGUCAACCCCUGUGGAAUCUCCAGAUAGGAAUUUUGUCAGUAUCCCUGCGGAGGAGCGAGACGCAGAGGGGAACGAUGUCAUGGAGGAAGAGGACGGAUCUCCCACCCAGGAAGAUGGCCAGAGGACAGGUGCUUUCCUAGGUAUGGAGUGUGACAAUAACAAUGACAUUGACAUCGCGAGCGUGAAAGCGCUGGACAAUAAGCUGUGCUCUGAGGCCUGCUUCCCUGUAUCUAUUUUAUAAUGCCCCUUCUGCUGUGGGGUUCGCUCUGCCGCACGCAUCCCAACCCGGACUGUCUUCUCUCUGCCUUAUGCACCAGCAGCAGCAAGAGCCUAGUGUUCAUUUAAUCUCAGUGAAUUACCUGUUCCAAGUUACUUUGCUUUGAAACAAAACUGACCUUGAAGACAGCUACAUUUUUUGGAAAGAGAUGAGUUUUCCAAAGUUUGCAUGCCAUACGUCCACCUAAAAAUUGAGAUAAUGGAUGCAGAAAGCAGCACGCACAGCAAGAAGCAGCCAGCUAUGCAGAACAGGGCAAACCUGAGCUUCUUUCCUGCAGAUUCAAUGCACCCAACCGCUGUCAGAAUGCGCACGUUCAUGCGACAAUUUCAGGAAAAUUGCAUGGGCAGCUCUGAUUGCAUCCAGGUUACUGGAGGCGAUUGAAAGCUGUGACCACGCUACUGUUGAACUGUGUAAUGCUUUUUUUGUCACAAUCAUGGGGUUUGUGACAAAAAACUUGCCCCUUGUGGUGUUUUCACAAGGAAUUGUGGUCUUUCCACCUCCAGGCAGCGUGUGGCCGAGCAGCAUUCGGUCAGUUCUCAUCAGUGUGAAUCUGUAAACAUCCAGUGUUGUGCAGCAUCCAAGAAUGACCUGGAUUUUUAAAUGGUGGAAUUUAUUUUUUAUUGAAAGAUAAAGAAUUUUGCCCAAAAUGGUGUUGCCCCAGGGCUCCCUUCCCUUUGUUUUCGGUAAUUUGGGGCGGGGGGAUUUGAGGGAGGCUGCCAUGUUAAACCAGUGACUUUUUCAAUGAUAAAUGUCCAGUCUUGGAAAUGAUACAUGAAAGCGGAGACACUUGAUCACUCCUUUCACUGCUGUGGAUGUCUUUUUGGAGGAGAAUUAGGUAGGAGCAUCCUUGGAAAGAUCACAAGGCAGCAUCCCUCAGGGAGACUUGAUACAGCACAGGACAGUCUCGGUUACGCUGCCGACCUCACAGCAGGGACAAAGUUUAAAUAAACAUGACAGGCUAUUCUGAAUCUUCAGCAGAUUUAAAGUCAGGCAAGGGGGUAGGAAUGCAAGCCAAAGCAGGGAAAGAGCAGGCUAAAGAAAAUGUAGAUAAGUUAGAUGUAUUCAAGACAGCGGGGCCUGAUGAAAUUCAUCAUCGGCUUUUUAAGGUAGUAGCUGGAGCAAUCUCAGAACCAUUCGGCUGAGGUCCCAGCCAGCACUACAUUUCUAUGAUUCUCUGACGUUGGGGUAGGGUGGGGGGAGUGCAUGUAAUCAAUACCAUAUUUCUCUGCAUCAAGUCUCCCUGUGGAAUGCUGCCGUCUGAUCUUUGAAGGACUCUCCUCGCUAAUCCAGUUCUAUAUAAAGAGCCAUCUUAGUUAUGCAAUAUCUAGGUCCUAAUGGAUUUUCUCAUCUUGUUAAUUUCCUGUCACCUCUGGGACCUGGAGAUUUACUUGUGUAGCUCUGUAGCUCAACCUUGAAAUGAAAAUCAGUUAACAUUAGAAACAUAGAAUUCCACAAAUAAUCUUUGAUGCAAAAAUGCCAGAGCAUUGUAAAGUGAGUGUAAACAGUGUGAUGUAAAGGAGCAUUAGUAUAAAUCAGAAUUAAGCCCCUAAUGUCAAUUAGCAAAAGAUAACUCUGCUCCUGGGGAAUGAUUUGAAGGUACUGUAUUACUGACGAAAGCAAGCAGACAGUUUAAAUGGACACACUUUGCAAUAUACUGUGUACAUCUCAGUUAAAUUGGAACCUUAUUUUGCUGUGUGGGCGUCCAGAAACAGCAACCUUUAUUAAGGGCUUACAUUUUCCAAGUUGCUGAUCAAGGGCAGCCUCCAUUUACUGCACUGGAAAGAAACUGUGAGUGCCUCAACACUUUUGAGUAAUGCAUCCUUUAUUUAGCUCAGAAGCCUUGUAAAUUUUGGCCAUUGGGCCCAGUUUUGAACUGCUGUCAGUAUAGAUCAGAUGUUACUCCUCUGAAAUCAGUGGGAAUACACCCACAUCAAACUGCACUGAUGUGAAUUCAGAGUCCAGGUCAUACUGUUUCAUUUUGAUUGUUGUUUACUUUCAGAGUAAUUCACUCCACUAGGUACACAGCACAGCCCUCCAUAGAAAACUGCCUGGUGGUAGCACAUGCUGUUUACAUGAUGCUUCUGUAAAUUUACUUUCUGCCAUAACACUUCUUUCAGCAAAGCAUAGCUACAUUAAAGACCAAGAGAGCGUGCUUAGUAAAUUGCCCAGUAUUAUCUUUGGGCAUUGCAAAGAAAAUGAGCAUCCAGCGGAUCUCAUAUGGACAACUAUCUCUUGGGUAAACAAGGCUGAGGUAUUCUCUUCCUCUCUGGAAAUAUGUAAUAUUGCAGCUCACUAUUUUAAAAGCUGAUCUGUUUUAUCCCAGUCAUAGCUGUCAUAAUAUAUGGAAUCGCUGUCUUAAGCAAGAGCCAUUUGUUUAAAAAAAAAAUAGUAAACUAUACAAACUCAGUUCCAAACAAACAGGCUUUUAUCCAACAUGAAUUCUAGCUUUGUCUUCCUUGUUUACCAGGGCUGCUCCCUGUUUGGAACACUUUACAGCACAGAAACAUCUAGUGCCUGAAUAAUAUAUUCUAAGUAAGCAUAUCAUUAUAGGGGCUGCAAUUCCCUGAUCAGGAAAAGGGAUCCUUGUUGGAGUGCUUCUAGCAUGUGGUCCUACUUCUAUUUAAGUCAGUAGAAAUAGAGUCAGGCCCAUAGUUUCUCAAUCACUUUGGGGUCUGUGGUGUAAUACAUAUCCUAUAAUACGUUGUACAAACAAGAGUUUGACUACUUAGUGCCCAGGGUCCGGGAGAAAAUGGCUCUGAGGCACUUCACAAACAAAGGUUUUCCCAACAGUGGAUUUUCCCAGAGUAAUUCCAGUGGCAGAGGAUGCAUGAGAGGGUUCAUGGGUAUGUAUUGUCAGAGUUCCAUGGGAAUUGGGUGCUGAACUCCCACUCAAAUUCUGCAGGAUUUGAGUUUCUACCUACAUUAGGUCCUUUGAAAACACCAGCCUAAACCCCCCUUGGACCACUUGAUCCCUACACCUUGCAGGCAUCCCCCACAGAAAGUCUGUGGAGUAUGAACUCCAUGGGGCUAACCCUGUUCUCACUUACACUGGGUUAAAUCAGGAAUAUCUCUAUUGACAUCAAUGGAGAUAAAUUGGUGCAAAACCAGGGCAGGUGCGAUCAGAAUCAGGCCCACUGGGUUUGGAGGCAGGAAUGUUCAGAGUGCAGCUCCAUCCAAACACUCCCAAACCAGAACUGAGCCCAAGCUGUGUAAUCUUUUUUCACAAGGACACAUUUGUUUCUUUUUUUUUGGCAGUCGGGGACAGAUGUGAGGGAGCCAUGCAGAUCCCGGUGGGAUGGACAGGAGUUUGGGAGGAAGAGCCCCCAGGAAAGUGGGGAAGUUUGUGUCUCUCUUCAUAAAAGAAGCCUGGCUCAUAGAAGUGAGCUGUCCAGGCCCUGUCCUCCAGACUUGUCUUAUGCUAUUUUCUCUCCCGUUAGAUUUAACCGUGCACUCCCGUCUGUGGUAAUGGGUGGAGAACUCCACCGUAAACCUGGGCGUUCAGAUGCUGUGAACAUGCCAUUCAGCUUGUAGAGAGUCGAGUGGUAAUCACCAUUAGCUGGAGCGUGUGGCUUUGUAGGGCUUUGUUUCCCAACCCAGCAGUUUAAUGGCAUGACGUGUGGAAUACAGUGUCCCUUGGGUGCAACAUCUAUCCCUUCCGCCCAGAAGGGAGCCAGGGUGGGUUCCUUCCAUUUCUCCCAUCACAGCCAACUCAGAUGGUCUCUAAGGAACAUCGUCCGAGCUGGGGCACGGUGCCAGAGCCUUGUGUUAACCCAGCCGGGCGUGGCGGGGUUUGCAUGGAGAACCUCCUGCAGUAAUACAAGGAUCACAGGGUAACCAACCUCCUGUGUAUUGCUGUUUCUGUUUUGUGCGUGUGUCUUUUGUUCACCAUUUGCUUUUGGUCU